AUGCCACCUGGCGAGGAAGAGCAAGGUGCUAGUGGAGCACCCACGAAUUACGUGCACAGCGGCGUCACACCGCCAAAACCAAUGCAGCACAUGACAGCUCAAAGCUAUACUGUUGACAGCCUCGCCAUGAGGGUGCCUGUUCCAACAUUACACGGGCAUUCCAUCAACAACAUAGAGUCCUGGUUCACGCGACUAGAGGCGUACUUUUCAAUCAUCGGCUUCGGUAAAAUGAAUGCUGAUCAGCGUGACCAAGCCAAGUUCAAUAUUGCGGUUAUGCACAUGGAUGAAAGGCUCCAUGAACAGACUUUUGAAUUUAUCCGCAAUCCACCGGAGAAAUGCCAGUACGACGCUCUACGACAAGCAAUUUUCGCCAGAUUCCCCACAUCACCCAUGGCAAGAUUGGAGCAGCUAACAUCAGGAAUUCAGCUUGGUGACAACAAACCGAGUUUCCUAUUAACCCAGCUGCAACGAACCGAUGUAACACGAGACCAGCAACUCAUAAAGGACUUCUGGAUACAACGACUACCAGUCUCAGCACGCGCAGUCAUCGCUGGAGUUACAAUAGCAAAUCCUGAAAUGACGGUCGAACAGCUAGCAUCAACCGCGGACGAAAUUGUUGAUGCCGUACGGGUCAAUAGCGUCGAUGCAGUGUCAUCAUACGAACCACAGUAUCCUAACCUCAAAAAACCACAAACAACGAGCUUGACUAGCAAUAAUGGAACUAGCUUGGAUGACCGUGUCAGUCAGAUGGAGCGCACUUUAGCUCGCAUUGAGAAAAAACUUUCAUCAACAAACCCAAACCGCAGCCGCUCGGUUACACGACGUCAAGACCACAGCUCUUCAAGUCACCGUAGCCAAUUUCAACAACGGAACAAUGAACAGCAGAUUUGCUGGUACCACAAGAAGUUUAACGCACAAGCCAAGAAGUGCAACAGCCCGUGCAGUUUUUCUCAACAGUGUCCAAAAAACUAA